UUCCCAUUACUCAUGUUAGAUGCAACCAUCCAACCACCCACCCAACCAUCGCCCCGCACGGGCACCAUACCAAACCGUGCGUUUAAUUUGAAACUCUUUUUGGCGAUGCUAUCGAGGCGUCAUCUUGUCAUCCAGCACAGUGCGACAUGUUUCAGCAGUACCGCAAAUUAUUUUCGCCCUCGCAUUGUGAAGAUAGCCGCUGGAAAAAAUUUGAUUGAGUCAGCCGAAAGACAGCAGCCAACCGACGACGACGACGUGUCGAUAUCAAUGCUGGCAGUUCUAUUUAAAUUUUCGGUAGCUUCGGCCGCAGUUCUCCUAAAUAAUUCAAAUUACAUUUAUCCUCGAGAUAAAUAUUUAUAAGCUACAUUUCGUUAAAAGAUAUGCGUUCAAUGUUGCUGUUGAUUCUGUGGCAGCUGCUGGCGGCUUACUGUGCUGGCAGUUCAGCGCUGAGCUGCUACAAGUGCGAGGAUUGCGAUGAGCAUUCCCAUUUGUCGGAGCUGGAAGUAUGCAGUGUACCGUCCACGGAGUCGCAGCAACAGCCGGCUGGAACUGGCCUGCCAGCUGCAUCGAGUCCGAGUCCAAACCCAAAUCCAGCGCCUGCUUCCAGCCCAGCAGCUCCAGCAACCAAUCCGCCCAAACCGGCUGCAGCUGCUAAUGCGCCCGCUCCAGCUUCCGCGUCCGCUCCAACACAAACUCAGUUUCCUCCCAAGCCCGGUUCCGAAAGUGAGACUGAGGAGGAUUAUGAGAGCGAUGAGGAAGAAUCUGCAGCACCAUCCACUUUGGGCAUAAUGCCCGCUGCCAACAAUAAGCCUGCAGCAGGUGCAACAGGUGCCGCAGGCGGAGCUGCUGGCGUAGGAUUAGGCGCGAAUGGGGCCUCGGGCACAGCAGCUGCUUCAGCACCAGCAGCAGCAGCUGGAACCGCUGCUGCCAUGCCAGCCGCCGCCACCGGAGCCGGAGCCGGAGCCGUUGUUGGCGACAGCGAAACAGCCGAGGACGAAGAGGAAGAAGAGGAUUAUGAUGAGCGACGACGGCGCAGCGUCGGUCGCCAGAGCCUGGACACGCAGAGGGCCGUUUGUUAUUUUGCUAGUCUAAGACUUAACGGCACGGAAAUAACAAAUCGUGGCUGCAUGAUUGUCACGGAUGACAAUCAGACGGACGCCUGCAAUACCCUGUUUAAUGGCUGGAAUGUGGUUGGCUGCAACCUAUGCGAAUGGAAUGGCUGCAAUGUACCCAUAUGGAGCAGCGGAUCCGGCAGCUGCCGUUUAUCAGGCCGCACGGCGCUGGCUAUGACGCUGCUGGCCGUGUUGUCUUCGGCGUGGAUCUGUAAUUGAUAACAACUAUAUAUAAUCUAUAAUAAUAAAUAUACAUAUAUAUAUAUAUAUAUCUAUAUAUAUGGUUUAUUGCCUGCCGCGA